AUGCAACCGCUCAUAACAGUUGUCGGUGCCACUGGCACUGGGAAAUCCAAGCUUGCAGUAGACAUAGCGAAACAAUUCAACGGCGAGGUUAUCAACGGCGACGCAAUGCAACUCUACCGCGGCCUACCCAUAAUAACCAACAAGAUCCCAAUGCACGAGCGAGAAGGAGUACCGCACCAUCUCAUUGACUUUAUCGGCUUGGAGGAAGAGUCCUGGCGCAUUGGGCAAUUCAGAAAGGAGUGUCUGCGAGUUAUUCAGGACAUUCAUUCUCGUGGGAAGAUUCCGGUGCUUGUGGGGGGUACUUCGUAUUAUGUGCAAGCUGUUUUGUUUAAUGAUGCUCUGGUGGGAGAAGGGGUGGAAGAUGUUUUGUCGAACAACAGUGGACGACAGGUAAAUAAAGAAAGAACAUCGGAAGAGUGGGCGAUUCUCGAUGCUCCUGUCGAGACUAUGAUGGAGAAACUGCGGGAAGUUGAUCCCAUUAUGGCGAAUCGCUGGCACAUCAAUGAAGGGAGAAAGAUUCGAAGGUCAUUGGAGAUAUAUCUCGAAACUGGCAGACCGGCAUCUGAGAUUUACGAGGAGCAAAUGCGCCAACGACAGGCUGCGAUUGACAACAAGGAAGGUAUCACAACGGGUCAACUACGAUUUCCAACGCUGGUGUUCUGGGUGCAUGCAGAAAGAGAAAAGCUUUACGGACGAUUAGAAAGUCGAGUGGAUACCAUGGCAGAGCAAGGCCUGAUUGCAGAAGCACAUUCCUUGUCCGAAUAUGCCCUCGAACAGGAAGCUCAAGGAAAUCCAAUCGAUGUAUCGAGAGGAAUCUGGGUUUCUAUAGGAUACAAAGAGAUGGAACCUUACUUCACAGCACUACGGGCCGGCAAUUUGAAUGAAAAAGAACUUGAAACACUGAAAGAGUCUUGUUUGGAAUCUGUCAAGACCUCAACCAGACAAUACUCCACUAGGCAGGUACAAUGGAUUCGGAAGAAGCUAUGGACUGCACUUGCAGAUAUAGGUGCUACUAAUCAGCUAUUUGUCCUAGACACCACUGAUCCAGGGGCCUGGGACAGUUGCGUGGCAGCGCCAAUGGAGCGUAUUGCGCAAGCUUUCUUGUGCAAUGAAACUCUUCCGGAGCCAAAGUCUCUCUCCCAAUGGGCUGAAGAAACGCUAACCGAGAGAGAGCACAAUUACACAAAAGUGACUGUGCCGCCUGCCCAAACUUUAAAGCAGAUGACCUGCGAAAUCUGCAAUAAAACAAUGAUGGGUCAGGAGCAGUGGGAUAUACAUAUGCGUGCUUCAAGCCAUCGGCGCGCGCUAAAGGCAGCCGCAAAGAAAGCGCGGAAUAUGGAGUGGCUGCGAAAUCACCCGCCUGCUGAGGCUGUUGAAGGACAGCCGGUAUAA